UGGGCAACAGCACUGAAUGCCCAGACUCGUACUUCUGGUCUGAUGGGAGUUCAUUCCCAUUUCGUAACUGGUAUGCAGAUGAGCCCUCCUGCGGAAGCGAAGUCUGCGUGGUGAUGUAUCACCAGCCCUCCGCCCCCGACGGUGAUGGGGGCCCUUACAUGUUUCAGUGGAAUGACGACCGUUGCGGCAUGAAGAACAAUUUCAUCUGCAAAUACGCGCAAGAAAAGCCAACGGUUGCCUCUGAAAUGAAUGCUUCGCAAGGGGCUGAAAUGGAGUCCUUGACACUCGCGCCUCCAGAAGAACCCACGCAAAACGAGAUUACGAAUAAAACCCUCCAGGUCAAAGAGCACUUCCGGAGCCUGGAGUACCUGCUCAUCCCCGGCAUUCCUGUGUUGCUGCUCCUUUUGGUCGUCACAGCCAUUUUUAUCUUCUGGCUUCAUGCAAAGAGGAGACGAGAACAAACAGCUGUCAGCACCAAGGCCUGUGACUCCUGGAUGUCCCUGAAGAGCCAGGCCAGCUCCCGUCUGGAGGUGCACAAUGUAAUUCAAAAGCAGUCAGAGGCUGAUCUGGCUGGCACCCGAUCCGAAAUUAAGAAUUCUUCUUUCUGGGCCCGUGCUUCUGGAAAUACUCCCGACGACCUCUCCGGAGAGUACGAUAACAUAGCUGUCCAGACCUCAGAACGAGGCUUUGGGGCGCUGGCAAGCACCGAAAGUGGAUUUGUCACCAACGAUAUCUACGAACUCUGUAAUGACCGAGUCGGGUGCAGCAAGGAGUCGUCCUGGGUAGAAAAUGAGAUCUAUGGAUAUUAAAGCUGGCACUUGGGACACUGAGCAGAGUGGGGGAUGUUUCCCGUCACUCCGGCUCUGACACACACAGAGAUCUGCCCUUGUGGGUUUCUGCAUAUGGCAAUGUUUAGGGUUUUAUGAUAAGGAUUUCUCCUAAAGGGGAGCUUGAAGGGAGAUAGUCCCUUGGCACGCGGACCACUCACUCAAUGGAAGAAACGGCCUUGUGCAUCCUUUGUCAGGCGUACGUCUGAUAAUCUACCGUUUGACAGGAUGCCUGCUUCAUGACAACAUAUGCCAACUUUCAAGCUCCUGAUUUUUAAUUGCUGAAUUCCAGAUGGAAUUUUUGAUGUUUUUUCCAGCUCUAUGGUUAAAAAUACAUCGCCACCUGGCUUUUACCAGCUGCCUGGUUCCCAUCUUUACCUGUUUUGUCAAACCGAGAGUCCAAGGAAGUUGUUCUUCUCUCAUUUUUUGCUCUUCCUUUCUGCAUGGUCUGCCUUCUUCUACCGCAUUCUAAUUAAUGCAUGACAUGGAAGCAACUUCCAUCAAAACUAGUAAAAGAAUAUGGACUUUACACAGAAAGAGACUCGUUCCAAAGACCUGAAAUAUGGACGAACUUGGAGUGCCUAUGUGGGCAGUGCAUUUUAUCCUCGCAAUGAAAGCAUUUCCAGCCUGCCAUUUGGAAGGAUACUGCUAAAGUAAAAAUAACGCGGCAUCUGGAGAGAGUCUUUGACAAGAAGGCAUGUUAAGUGUCCUUAGUUAAUGUUGAACAAUGGACUUCUGUGUUGGGUUUGUUCCUAUGCCUUGACCAAAAGAUUUAACAGCAGUCACUUAAUUCUGGAGGAAACGAGUGACCAACUCUUUUGCCUUUCAUGCUGCCAGCAAAUGUGCGGAAAACCAGCCUGACUGUAUUCCUGGAAGUCCGGAUGUGAGCGGGAUUACCAUGGGUGGUUGGUGGACUUAAUGGCUACAUUAGUUGUGCUAUUAGAAGACCUGUGAUUGGAUCUUGGAGUCCAUCAUCCCCUCUCUCCAAACCUGAAGGACUAAGGGCAUCCAGUCAAGGGUGAGAAGAGCAACAGACCAUUCCUGAGAAGAGUGAUGGAGCAAGGCAGACAGAGUGUCAUUUUAAAGCGACCAGGAGAAGCUGACAGCACUUUCCCAAGUUGAGAGAAGCACCUAAAAGCGAAGGUGCCCAGGUCUUCACGAACUGCGGUCUUCCUGAGACAAGCACCACAUCUUCCAUUUCUGCCACUGCCCAGCAGUGCAUGUCAGAGGAAUGAACUGGCUGUCAAUGGGACAUGAUGCUUCUCGGUCCUCGAACACUAAACAGAAUUCUUUUAUUUUGCUUUUUUCCAACCGUUGAGCCUUACCGUGAGAGAUUUUAACUUUCAUUUGGAAAUGACCCAAGACGGACAAGGUCUAUCCAGAGUCAAGAACAGGCUUAGUUUCUGUUUCUUGGAAGCGCAAAGCAAGAUGGCAGACAGCAAGCGUCAGAAAAUGUAAGGAAGUCUUCCAAGAGAACAAUCCUAUGCAAGUUUUGGCAGGAGAAAAAGCCUCCGCUUUGGUUGUAGAAUCUUCUUUUCCCACCUAAACUCGCAUAGGACUGAACCCUAAGUGCAUUCCCCUUACAUUUCAGUGGAAGGAUGACACUGGCAAACCCAAGAGGAAUAAAGUGCUUUGUUCCUGGAAAUAAAGCAGACUACCCAA